AUGAAAAAAACACCCGCACGCGCGCCAACUUCCUCGAAUGAGGGGGAAAAGGCAUUCGAGAGGGGAGACAAGGUGAGUGCCGAGUUCUUCGCGAUUACUUACGGCGCCUUGGUGCAGCAGAUGGUGGCCGAUCUGGCGCAGGAGGAGGAUGUGGAGGCGGUCAACCAGCAGUUGGACGCGAUGGGGCGCCGGAUUGGGUCGCGGCUGAUUGAGGAGUACAGCGUGCGCAGUGGGGCUCCCGCCUGCCGCACUUUUGCGCAGGCGGCGGACGGUGUGGCGCUGGUCGGGCUGCGCAUGUUCCUUAACGUCACGGCGACCGUAGAGCCGGCGCGGGAGGCGGGCACGGACGCCUUCGCCAUCAAGUUUGCCGAGAAUCCCCUGGCGCUCUUCGUGGAGCUGCCGGAGGGGCCACUGCGGGAGCGGCUGUGGUACUCGAACGUCAUCUGCGGCGUCGUCGCCGGGGCGCUCGGGAUGGUCGGGUUUUUGGCGGAGGCCACGUUCGUGCGCGACACGCUGCGCGGGGACGCGGUGAAUGAGAUUUUGCUCUGCUUCAAAGGCAGGGAGAAGGAGACGUUCCAGGUGGACCGGUAG